GUCAGUGAGGUACAUCGUCUCGGAUUUAGGCCCAUCAGCCCACAGCUCGGAAAUAUGACUUCUUCCAACCCCGACCAGCGCCUGGAGCAUCUCCUCAGCGCCGUGGAGAGCGAGUUCCAGAAGGGCAGCGAAAAGGGAGACGCGUCCGAGAGGGAUAUUAAACUGACGCUGGAUGAUGCAGACUUAUGGAACAAGUUUAAAGAGUUAACCAACGAGAUGAUCGUCACCAAGACUGGACGGAGGAUGUUUCCGGUUCUGAGGGCCAGCGUCUCUGGCUUAGACCCGAACGCCAUGUACUCGGUGCUGCUGGAUUUCGUCGCCGCGGACAACAACCGCUGGAAAUACGUAAACGGAGAAUGGGUCCCCGGUGGCAAACCGGAGCCCCAGAGCCCCAGCUGCGUCUACAUCCAUCCGGACUCCCCCAACUUUGGAGCGCACUGGAUGAAAGCGCCCGUCUCCUUCAGCAAAGUCAAACUCUCCAAUAAACUCAACGGCGGCGGACAGAUCAUGCUGAACUCUCUGCACAAAUAUGAGCCAAGGAUACACAUCGUGAAGGUCGGAGGCAUCCAGAAGAUGAUCAGUAGCCAGUCUUUCCCUGAGACACAGUUCAUCGCCGUCACCGCAUACCAGAACGAAGAGAUCACUGCUCUGAAGAUAAAGCACAAUCCCUUUGCUAAAGCCUUCCUGGACGCCAAAGAAAGGAGUGACCACAAAGACGUCCCCGAUCACUCUGCAGACAGUCAACAGUCUGGCUACUCUCAACUCGGAGGUUGGUUCCUCCCGGGCCAGAGUCCCAUCUGCCCCAGCAGCAGCCCCCCUCAGUUCAGCGGCACGGCCGGCCACUCCUCCGGCUCCUACUGCGAGCGCUACUCCAGCCUGAGGAGCCACAGGGCGGCCCCGUACCCCAGUCACUACCCCCACCGCACCUCCAGCACGAACAACUACAUGGACAACACCUCGGGGACUCUUCCCACGCACGACAGCUGGUCCGCUCUUCAGAUCCCCAACUCCACAGGCAUGGGAACUCUGUCCCACACCACCAACUCCACGUCUAACUCUAGUCAGUACCCCAGCCUCUGGUCAGUAGCUGGCACCACCCUCACCCCUUCGGGCUCGGCCUCGGGCUCCAUACCCGGAGGCCUGACCUCCCAGUUCCUGAGGGGCUCUUCCUACACGGGCCUCACCUCCUCGCUGCCAGUCUCCUCGCCCUCCUCCAUGUACGACCCCAGCCUGAGCGAGGUCGGGGUCGGGGAUGCCCAGUUUGAGAGCUCCAUCGCCAGGCUCACCGCUUCCUGGGCGCCCGUAGCUCAGAGCUACUGAGUGGCCCGAAGAGUUGACUCUGCCGGCCGGUCGUCCUCUCCAGGAGCAGGAUUAAACGCACGUCCUGGAGAAGAUGUUUGUGAAAGUAAAAUAGAGUAUCGAUUCCACAGUUUGGGGAGAAAAAAAGACAAAAGAACUUGAAAGACAAUCCACCUCUCUACAGUGAUAAGCCUUAAAAUAGCCUCAUAGUCAGAAUCUUCGCUCUUAGUAAAUUCCAGCAGGAUCAUUAAAAACAACUGGUUUUAUUACCUUUCUGAUUCUACACAACUCAUUGACACUGAACGUUAUUUUUACUCGUAACAUUAGAAGAAGAAAAAAGGUUCUGCUAACAUAAAUGUGUUAUAUAAAUGUGUACAUAGAAUAAAUUAACGUCCUGUGUUUUCCAUAUAAAUGUGCCUUUUCUGAUUGCAAUACAAACGUUCCACUUUCGGACUGAGACGCAAGUGCCUUCUGCUUCCUGGUGACGGGGCUUUGUCGUGAAAAAAAAAAAAAAAAGACACGGCCCCUGUCCUGCGCAAACGCCUGUACAUAAACUAUGUAUUUGUAUUUGAACUCCGCGAGAGUUUUAUUUAUGUCAUUUAUUAAUAAAUUAAAAAAUGUUUGUUUUGUGAAACGG